AUGGAACGUGGCUCAAGUCCCAUUUGUGACAACCUCCCUAUUAUUAGUCUCAUGGAAAGACCUAACAGUGGUAUAAGAGCCGGUGAAAUUCAAGACAGCAUCGUUUCGUCACUUUUUCCUCCUUGUCUGAUGCCUUUCAUAUCGGCCAAAUCUCUUACAAAUGUCAAGACUAAAUUGGAAAUCAUAAGGCAAGGUUGGAAGAGGGUCGAGAGAGAGGAAUAUGAGAAGGGAAAUAAAGGAGGGGACAAGAAUAUAUGCGCCUUCCACACAUGA